GGGAGAAAAAAAAACUGAAAUUCAAAAAAUUCAAAGUGAUUUCGUUCGUCUAUCAAAAGUUCAAAACUAGCCGUCAAAAAAUAUCUCCAUCGAUUUCGUCGCAUCGUCUCUCUUCGCUUCUUCACUUGUCUGCGAUGUCUACUACUACUACCAGAAAGAGCGAGCACUAAGAGAUCACGCCCAGAGCCGCGAUCGCUCAAGAAGCAAGCAGCACCGAGCUCAAAACUCCAGGACGAAUUGGAGGAUCUCGAUGUUUCCAGCGAUCUGAAAGGAAUCGUGUCGGCGUUGCAGGAAAUCAGAGAGAAAGCAGACGAAGGGAGGAUGGAGGGGAGAAGAAAGAAGAAAGCAUCUCCAGGUGUUCGAUCAUUUUACUUUGGAACUUGAUAUCGAUUGAUCUCUGGGGGUCCUUGUAUCGCAAAUAUGCUUGUUUGAUAGAUUUAGAGCUCAUUUGAUUUCACAGAUAGAGAGAACGUUUAGUUGUGUUUUCUCUUCUCUGCUCUUUAGCUUGAUAGCUGAAUCUUGCUUUAAUAAUCCAUGUGGUGAAUAUUUCUUCUGGCACUGAGGUUAAGUCAAAGAUUGACGAGUUGAAGUCUAAACUUGAGAAAGAAAGGUAAAAGGCUGAGGAUCUGUGGAUGACUGAUCUUUUAUGCUUUGUUAAUCUUGGUUUACAAAAUGGGAUAUAAACGGAAUCCUGAUGAUGAACUCUGCCCUUGGCGUACAAUCUGCAGACAGAACUUUUCCAAAGCACUUGCAAAGAGUUCCAAGCAAAGUUGAUUUGAGUAGUUAGAAAGCUUACAGAGAGCUGACCUAAUACAUAUUUGCAGUGUGAGAGUAUCUUGAAGGACGAAGUUGCCAAGUUUGAGGAGCUUCAUCACAAGUCCAUGAAAGAAAAAGCUGAUCAUCUACAGGGUCUGAAAGGGCAGAAGGAGAAGACAAUGAUAUCGGACCAGGAGAGGUUCUGCACAGAAAAGUACUUGCUCAACUGGAAGACUCGCUGAAGAAAAAGAAACGGGUAAAUAAGCAGCCUUACCAUUUAGUUGUUAUCUCUAAGAUAUAUACUUCUUUUAUCUUGUUAUGUGUGACUGAACCCUGAAUUUUUGGGGUGUGUAUGAUGACAAAACUUUCAACAUAUUGAGGAAAAUGAAGCUUCUGAUGAAGAGUUCCCCCCUGAUGAGUAAAAGAUUAACGUUCCUUAACUUGACGCUUCCAAAAAGUACCAUGGCCAUUAGUAGUGGGGUACCAAUCAAAGAGGCAGAGAAAAAAAUACUCCAAAGGUCCUCAACCUUUUUUUCUCUAGUGUUAAGAAGCUUCCCGAGAAGCAGGCAAGACGAGAGAGUGGGGCUAGUGAUUGAUAUGGGUAACAUAUGGGGGAUCUUUAAGUCAAGUCAUGGAGCUUCUCAACCACAGAUAUUGCCUGUUCACGGUCAUUUCUUACAACCUACAUCGUUUAUAGUUAAUUGCUCUGGUUGCUCUGAAAUUAAGAGUGAUGCACAGGGCUACUUCCGCUUUGAGUGCAACUUCUAUGUCCAUAAAGAAUGUGCGGAGUCGCCCUUAGAGAUCGACCACCCUUCUCAUUCACACCCUCUCAAGCUCCGUUGGUGCGGACCACCUGGUUAUAGUGACAAAUGUUGUUGCUUGUGUGGAGAAACCCUUCGGCUUUUGGUUUACCAUUGUUCCACUUGUAACUUUAGCUUAGACACAGCUUGCGCGAGGAAGGACGAGAUUCCAAGCAUUGACUACCCCAAAGCACAUGAGCAUAGGCUUCACCUCUUGGCCAAGCGCGUCUCCUUUCCGUGUGCUUGUGGUAAAGACAUCCCUGGAGCUCCUUACUUGUGUCAUCAAUGCAACUUCAUGAUCCAUAGAGACUGCCUUGUACUCCCGCGUGUGAUACACCUCACACGCCACAAGCACCGGAUUUCUCGAAGCUACUUCAUUGGUCCUGGGAAGUUUUCUUGUGGAGUUUGUCGUCUUGAGUUGGACUGGAGGUACGGAGGAUACCGCUGCUCAAUUUGCCCUGAUUAUGUCAUCCAUCUGAGAUGUGCAACGAGAGAUGAUGUGUGGGAUGGAAUAGAUCAUUACGGCAAACCAGAAGAAGAAGAGGAGAUCGAAGAGCCAUUCCAAGUGUUAGAUGACAAUUUAAUUAAGCAUUUCAGUCAUGAACAUGUUCUCAAAUUCAACGAAGGUGGUCUUGUUUGUCAUGAAGCUACCCACUGCAGUGCUUGCGCUCUGCCGGUCUAUUUCGAUGCAUUCUACAUAUGUUGGGUUUGUGAUUAUGUUCUUCACGAGACCUGCGCAAAUCUUCCCCGGAAGUUAAGGCACGAGCUACACAAGCACACACUUACUCUACGACCAAACACUACUCCAGAUGAGGAGCAUGGUUAUAACUUAUUCCACUGCACUGUAUGUAAGCGGCUCUGCAGUGGAUUCAAGUACGUAUGUAGCAAACCUUGCGAUGUCCAGAUAGAUGUACGAUGUACUUCAGUUAGGGAGCCGUUCAUCCACGAAAGCCAUCCGCAGCAUCAGUUAUUCUUUACCUCCCCAGAAGCCAAGUACUGUGGUGCUUGCGGAGCGAAUGCAUCCACCGUGUUGAACUGCGUUGAUUGUGGCUUCGCUUUGGGAUAUGACUGCGCCACUUUGCCUAACAAGGUCAAGCACAAAUGCGACAGACAUUUUCUCUCUGUCUGCUACGGAGAAGAGGCGAGUGGGCAGUACUGGUGCGAGGCGUGCGAGAGAAAAGUCAACCCGAGUACAAGAUUCUACACGUGUGAAGAUUGCAGCUCCACUCUUCAUAUCAAAUGCGUGAUCGGGGAAUUCACAUUCUGGAGACCAGGGAAGAUGGCCAUAUCACGUUACGAAGUAGCAAUCGUUCCUAAUGUUUUCGCGUCUCGGCCGUAUUGUUAUAUGUGCCAGUCCCGUUGCGAAGACACAACAGGUGUCAUAUAUAUCUCAGGGGAGUAUAUAUGUUCCUCUAGAUGCUUACAAGACGAUCUGAAAGGAAUCGUGUCGGCGUUGCAGCAAAUCAGAGAGAAAGCACAGGGGGAUGGCCGUGAGAAGAAAGAAGCAAAGCAUCUCCAGGUUAUACUUAGAAGAAUCAAAGUUUUCACGUACUAUGCUUCUAAAUCUCGUUACGAUCAUAUGCAGUUGUGCUGGAUCGGUACCUAAGUGUGAAUAGUUGAAUACUAUAAAUUUGAGUGAGACUGUGAGACCUUCAAAUAAUUCAAAAAAGAGUUAUUGUCUGUGU